GCCACUUUAUCAAUGGUCCUAAUUCGGUUUAAUGUUUAAAUACUCCUCUUUUCAUUACCCCGGACGGCGCAGCGACCUUUGAAGGGUCCAGGAAGCGGCACAGAUUCACCACGGGCUCGCUAGUGUUAGUUGUAUACUUGUAGGGGGGAUACCAGAGAAAGAAGUUGAAUGGAUCCGAGGGUAGCUUGGAUUCAGCCCGAACAGAAAGGACCUGCGAACGCCUUAUGGAUGCACGUCUGGGAGACCUCUCAGGGAGUACGGACGCUCUCCGCUCAGCAGCAGCUCCACAAUCAAAACCACAACCAGUGCGUGAAUUACGCCGCGUUGGAUGUUUUAAAAAAUGUGGCGACCGCGAUGGCAUCGGGCAAGAGCGUUUGCAGCAGCAAUGGUAACGCUGCUGCCAGUUUGAGCAACGGCAGCAGCCAUCACAGCAUCAUGAACGGCACUACUAGUAUUAACGGCACUGCGAUUUCCUCGCUGGGGAUAGCGCUCUCCAACGGGAACGUACAUAACUCCUUUACCCCGGCAAACACCGCCGAUCCAGGUGAGGGAAAAACCCUGCCCCAGAAGACGGGAUCCGUCUCCUCCUCGUCCUCCUCGCAGGAAUCCGGCACGGACAACCCCCCUUCCAGCUGCUCACUUGAGAGGACUAUGGGUGGAAAUGUAACGGGCAACAUUAAUAAAAACGUCGGGGGUGCCAAUCUGCUUUUCAGCGUGAGCGACAACAUGGACAAUAAUGUCAACCUUUACCACCAUCAUCACCGUCACCUGCAGGAGCACCCGGCUUUCAAUUUACAGCAGAUUUGCGUGAAGCGCCAUCAGGUUCUCCCCUCUGUACCUGUAAAUCACACACACAAUCACCACCCAGGCCGAAGGAAAAGUGACAACAAAGCGAGCACUUAUGGGAUGAAUUACUUGCUUUCAAACUACACUAAUGGUAAUUAUGCGAGCACUUGGACGCCCUGGAAGACGAGGAAAUACAACCCCGGGGUCCUCGGACUCCACGAGGAGGUGAUGGACUUCUACAACUUCAUGUCUCCUCGGCCAGAGGAAGCAGCUAUGAGGAAGGAGGUGGUGAACCGGAUAGAGAUGAUCAUCAAGGAGCUGUGGCCCACUGCAGAUGUCCAAAUAUUUGGCAGCUUCAGCACAGGCCUGUACCUUCCAACAAGUGACAUUGACCUAGUGGUGUUUGGGAAGUGGGAGCGCCCCCCGCUGCAAGAGCUGGAACAAGCUCUUCGCAAGCAUAAUGUGGCAGAACCUUUCUCCAUUAAAGUGCUGGACAAGGCUACAGUGCCAAUCAUCAAGCUGACAGACCAGGAGACCGAGGUGAAGGUGGACAUCAGUUUCAAUGUGGAGACUGGAGUCAAGGCCGCAAGCUUCAUUAAAGAUUAUGUUAAGAUGUAUCCAGUGCUGCCUUACCUGAUCUUUGUGCUGAAGCAGUUCCUGCUGCAGAGAGAUCUGAACGAAGUCUUCACCGGGGGAAUCAGCUCUUACAGCCUCAUCCUCAUGGUCAUCAGCUUCCUCCAGCUCCAUCCUCGUAUUGAUGCCAGGAACCCCAAUGAGAAUUUGGGCGUGUUGCUGAUCGAGUUCUUUGAGUUGUACGGCCGCCAUUUCAACUACUUGAAAACAGGGAUUCGCAUCAAAAACGGAGGCGCAUACAUAGCCAAAGAGGAGAUCAUGAAGGUCAUGACUAACGGAUACAGACCAUCCAUGCUCUGCAUAGAGGACCCACUGCUUCCAGGUAAUGAUGUGGGGAGGGGUUCCUAUGGUGCCAUGCAUGUCAAGCAGGUGCUUGACUAUGCCUACACUGUCCUGAGUCACGCUGUGUCCCCGCUCGCACGGUCGUAUCCCAACAAAGACUCUGAAAGCACCUUGGGCAGGAUAAUCAGGUUGACCCAGGAAGUCAUCGACUACAGGGAAUGGAUCAUUAAGAAGUGGGGGGGCAGGGAUCUAGCUCGAACAGACAACAGAGUUUCACCCCCCAAGGAGCCAGGGGCGGAGCAGGAGCCCUGUGUGCUCGGCGGUGGCGUCGGGUCGGAGGAGCAGCAAAGGGACUCGGUGUCGCCCCACAGCGCAGACUCCCCCAUGUCCAUCUCCAGCCCGCAGCAGCACUCUUCAGCCUCCUCUGUCUCCUCGCUGUCCGGAUCAGACAACGACUCUGAUUCCACGCUGCCGUGUCCCAUCCCUCCGCCAGCCCUGCCUCCAUACCCGUCUUUCCCCCCUCUGGGCCUGGCUUUACCACCAGGCCUCAGCAUGGGCACCAGCAAGCCCGGCAUGGGAGGGCACCAUCUCCUCAUGGCUCCAGGCUCACAGGCCCGCGUCUCACUGCCCGGUGGUCUAGCCAUGCACUCCAUACCUGGCAGACAGGUGUGUAUAGACACCGGGCUCCCCCCCUUCUUCCACAUGCCCCCCCCAGCCCAUGCUCAUGCCCCUGCCCCCUCCAGCCCCCAGCCUCUGCCCAGCCCCCACUCCAGCCACACACACAAGAACGGAGUCAAGUUCAACGUGAAGGGCUUCCACAACCCGCCGCUGGUCAACAACCCCGUUCUGGCUAACCGCGGACACACACACGCUCACACGCACACACAGUAUCACCGCAACACUUGGCGACGCAGAAAGAGGGACAGCCUCCCGGUCAGCCUCAGCAGAUAGAAACCACUCCUCUUCCCUGCACUUUUUCCUCCCUCUCCUCUCUGGCUGCAAGACCCUGGCUCUUCGUUUGUCUCGAAGGAGGGUGGACAGGCAGACAGAGGACCAGAGACCAGCAGUUUUCACUCUGGGGCUGCACGACGUGGAACAACAGCCCUCAGCUCUGCACCUCCCUCCUACUAUCUCCACCUUUCCUUUUCUGCAUGACUUUUGUUCACAGUUUUGUAGUUUCAGUAUUAUUUUACUUUCAGUAUUGUUCCUCAUCUUCGUUUCAGGUCGGUUCCUCUUGUUUUUGUUUAUUUUUGUGGGACUUAAUGGUGAUGCCAUUGCCAAGUUCUUGACCUCGUCUUGACCCUUGCAGCCAAGCUGCCUGUGGUUCAGUGUUAGGGCUUUUUUUUUUGUUUUGUUUUGAUAGUUUAUACACUUAAGAGCAAACGGUUUUUCAUUUUGUGCAAUAAUGUUAUUUUUCUUUUUGGGAGCUAAAGUAAAUGCUUAUUUAAUUUUGUGUGUGUAUAUGUAAAGGCAUUUUUAUACUGUUUUAUUUUUGUAGAAUUUUAAAUUUUGUUUACGAAACCUUUCCCCAGGCAGCAUCUCUGGAGUGUGUGUGUGUGUGUGCGUGUGUGUUCACCAGUUGUUUCUGUGUGUGUGUGCGGGAGUGUGUGUCUAUCAUUCGGUUGAGAUGGACCGCAGUUCAAAGGCCCCCCUCCUUCUCUUCUCCCCCCUCUUUGCCUGUGUUGUUCUGUCUGAUAAAGAGAAGCCGGAGCAGAAAGGGAUACGGAGCUCCUAUCUUGAUAUUCCUUCCAUUUUUCUUCAUCUGUCUUGUGAAAAUGGGCGAGGUUAACGUGAUAUUCCUCGUGAAAGUUUUGUUCCUCGGCCCAGUUAGUCUGAGGCAUUCUGGAGGGAAGCGGAGGGAUGAAAAUUGCACCCUGGGAUAUCCUGAGACACGAGGGGAGAGGAUGUCCUUCUGUUUUGUUCUAAAAGAGGUAGCUCCUGAGCAGAUGUGUGUGUGUGUGCGUGUGUGCGUGUGUGUGUGUGUGUGCGCGCCCCUUAUGGGGCUGUGUUGUUGCCAUAUUUUGUCAGUCAGGGGAAGGCUGGCAGUGGCCUGCUGGUUUCUUCUUGGCCAUCUUUCUCUCCACUGGAGGCAUUUUUAAAGAAUAAGCUUCCACACAGUGCAGGAUUUUGGUCUGUUCUGUUAAACAUAUAUGCUAGCGCGUUUUCAUUUUUGUGCUCGUCUCUUUUUAUUACAUGUCGUAGGAGGGUUGGGGCCAAGAAGGCAACAGCUUAUCUGACUUGAAUUUGAAGAUCAAGAUUAGGGUAAGAGGGCAGAAAGCCACUGAUUCCAGGUCAGAGAAAUCCUCUUGUUCUCUCUAGUUGAGGGACGCAGUUGUGGAAAUCUGAUCCCCAGGGCUGAGGUCAACUCUCGCCCGCAGCUGUAAAUCAGUGCAGACCAACACUACGAUGCUCAGCGAUAAGGGUUUCUCCUUUGUGGUCCUGGACAAAGGAGAAGGAGGGAGAGGGAGGGGGAGUCUUCCUGAACCAAGGACCCUAGUGAAAGGGAAUUAUAUUUUGAUUCCAUUCAGGAAUCUUGUGUAUAUUUGAUUGCCAGGUACUUCCGCUAAUUGUUUGCAAUGCCUUUCUUUGUGUUUACUUGGAGUGUGUGUACGUCGUUUUCCGCGAGCACACCGUGUCACACAAAUACACACACAUACAGACAGGACUGUCGAAGGCUGUGACUCGCCCAGAACACUACACACGCUGGUGUUAUUACUAUGCAAGUGGAUUAUUCUAAUUAUUGUGUCAACUCUCUUGUCUUUCCAUUCGUUUUUUUUUUGUCUGUUUUUUUUUUCCUCCAAAUGACAAACACUGCUUGUUGGACUGGAGCAAUGUUACUGACUGUCAGACUCGCGAGCAGACUCGUGUGAACUCAAACCGCAUCCCCUGACCCCCGUCGUAUUUGUAUGAAGGUCCCGACAUGUUUCAAAGUCUAGUUUUCUACAUGUGUCCAUCAAAUGUAAGGAAUGGGGGAUGUUCAUGUCAAUGGUUGGGUCUGGGUCUGUGUAGUGUGUGACAUAGUGAAACGUGUGUGAGAAAGUAUUGAGACUCAUGACUUGCCACCACUGUUUUUUUUUUUUUUUUUCAUGAGCAAGUGCACCCAGAGAGCGACUUGCACUCUGCAGGUGCACUCCAGAAGGGGCCAAAGUGUCCACCGACAAUUCUUUACCUUUUACUGAGACUGUUCAGUACUGUUACACUGUUUCUCGUUUUCUUUGACCCACGGCAACUCGAAUCCCUCGGUCAAAACUGCACCGGGCUUCAAUUCAAUCUCAGAUGAAGGGCUUCUGUUUUGACCGACGGCUCACAGGCAAAGGAGUUUAUGAGCUAGCCAUCACCUCCAGCUAGAGAAAUUAAAUAAUCGUUGAGCAAGACCCUGUUAUUCCCUAUGGAUGAGCAUUUUUCCAAAUAAUUAUUUCCACCCAUAGGGAGGUGAUCAUGUUUUGCCGCAUGAAAUACAUGCAAUCCUCACCCACUAUAAAUUGGAUAACAAGGUGGAUGUGGUCGACAGGCCCUUUCAACUCUUUCAGACCGCAUCCCUGACAGCCACGUCUGCUUUUAGAGAUGAGAACCAGCACUGAUGAGGCUGAAAAUGAAAUUGGUUUCGGGAGGUUGUUGACUGGGUUAGAGUUGCCUUCAUCUUCACAGCAAAGACUUGACAUGCAGUAUCCUAGGAAGUCUGUAUGGAUUAAAAUCUCUGUGCAUCUCAGCGGUCCAGUGCAGCCCGCGCUCUGUGCUCACUUUUCCUUCGUCGCUCUCUCUUUCUCUCUCUCUAUCUGAUGGUGGUGGUGAUUAAACAAAGGUCUUGGUUGGGCUGACGCGUUGCCUUCACGACACUGAUUGGUGUGGGCGGCGGGAAAGGGAAGCAACACGGAGUGGCUGGGACCGCUGAGAUUUUGACGUACACAUGUACAUGUAGAUGCAAUGUAAUAUUACCCCCAUUGCAAUACAAUGAGGGAUUUUAAACUGGCGGCUGCUGUUCAGAGAAAGGUGGCAGCCCCUCUAUGUCCUGGCUGAUUCAUGUGAGCAGUGGCCCUCUCAAAUGGACACCUAGCUUACCCGUGGCCAGAGGGAACCACU